AUGCAAGUUUUCCCGGAUUUGGUGGUUGAACUUAAGGCGCUUGUGAUCUCUUUAGGGCGCGUAGAAGAGUUUAUGAAUGAAAUUGAGACUCAAAAACUUUCUAGUUCAGAUUUUACAACUACCAAUAUUGGUUUUACUGGUGUUAAUGUGGCUUGGGAUGAUGAUAUCAUUCGAAGUCCUAAUGAUUUUGUGUUAAGAAAUAUAAAUUUAAAGUUUCCUCUUGGUGCACUAAGUGGUCAUAAGUCUUCUGGAAAAACUCUCCUUUUACUUUCACUCCUUCGUGAAACAUCAUUAUUAUGUGGUACUAUCCAUUUUCCUACAACAAAAGUUGCAUAUGUUCCUCAACAACCGUGGUUAGAAAACUCAACUAUACGAGAAAAUAUACUAUUUGGCACUAAUUUCGAAGAAGAACGUUAUUGGAACGUCGUUGAUGCAUGUGGUUUACUUAAAGAUUUUGAGAAUAUGGAACAAGCUGAUUUCACUGAGUAUAAUGAUAAAGAUUUAGUAUUAAGCGAUGAACAAAAGGCUCGUAUAGCAUUUGCAAGAGCUCUAUAUAGUGAUGCACAAAUUCUGCUAUUAGAUGAUUUUUUGUCGAUUAUGGAUUCAACUACAGCACGUCAAAUAAUUGACAAUUGUAUAAAAAGCCCAUUUAUUGCUGGACGAACUGUGAUUAUUGUAACAUAUUAUGUUCGCGACCUUUUGGAUAUUUCUGAAUAUGUAGUAAUACUCGGAGGUGGGACUGUUAUAGCUAAAGGAACUACUGGACAACUGCUAGAUUCUGAAGCUUUAUCCAAUGAAAUGUUUAGAACAAACGUAGAUGCUAAACAUGACCAAAUAGAUACAAUUACACAGAAUUCACUUAAUCAAACUGAUGAUAAAAAAGUUUGGACAACACAUGAAGAUCCUAAUUCAACAUUAUUUAGUCUAUUAGAUGGUUAUAAAUUAUCUCAAGCGAAUUUCAUAGCCAUAUAUGCUUUAAUCGCCUCAGCAUCUGCGCUUUUUAUCAUUUUCCGUAUGGCCUGCCAACUUUUAAUUUCGCUUAGAGGUUCAAAAACAUUAUUUUCAAAGCUUCUUAAUGCAAUUUUGAAUGCUCCCUUUGUCUUUUUCGACAUUGUCCCUCUUGGCAAAGUAAUGAACCGCUUUUCAAAAGAUUUAAGUAUAAUAGAUCAGGUAUCCGGUCUAACAGUUCAUUAUUCACCAAAUGAUGAACCUGCAUUAAGUGAUAUUAAAUUUUCUGUAAAAGCUGAGGAAAAAAUUGGUAUAGUUGGAAGGACAGCAGCUGGUAAAACUACAUUGGCAAAUUCGUUUUUAAGGUUGACCGAGGCUACUAAAGGUCGAAUUGUGAUUGAUGGAAUUGACAUUUCAACAUUAAGCUUAGAAGACUUAAGAUCACGGUUGACUAUUAUAUCUCAAGACCCUAUACUUUUCGAGGGAACUAUUAGAUCUAAUCUAGAUAUUCGUGAAGAAUAUACUGAUGAAGAUCUAUGGGAAUCAUUGAGACGAGUUCAUCUUGCCAAUUUUGAAGAGGAACACGGUCAAGUUUUCAUUAUCGGACCGAUAACAAGCUUAGAUGAUUUGGUUAGUGAAGGUGGCAGCAAUUUCUCUCGCGGAGAAAGGCAAUUAAUUUGUUUUGCAAGAACAUUACUGAGGCGAUCUAAGACUGGUCAGAUUGAGUCAUUGAUGGAAACUAAGAAAUUAAAUAAUCGAGAGGAUGGUUAUGAUGAUAUGGAUGAAGUUGAAACAGAAGUAUUGGAUGAGCAAAUUGAGUAUAAUUAG